AUGAAGAUAAUGCGAAUUAACUACACCAAUGUUUCUGUAGUUGUCGCUCUAUUAGUGGUGAGCUAUGUGUUCUUCAGGCUAGUCCAGCGAAGUCAACUGGUGACGGCUGACACAGAGUCAGUACCUCAAACUUCAGGUACGCACAACUUUUUCACAUGCAUGGUUCACCAUUCUUUGUUUGUUUUUGUACGUAGACGUCAACUUCGUUUCAGAUCCAUAGUAUUAAAGAAAAAGAACUUGGCUAAUAUCGCAGCCUAUCUGAUCUCAUGCAUGGGCAAUAAUGCCUGUAUUUGUAUAAGGCUUAAAUUCAACACAUUAAAUACUAAACCUAAACAAAGUAUUGGAACAGUACGUCUAUGUAAAAAAUUACACACCCUAGACAACCAGGGAUUACCAAUUAAUGUCUUAUAUUCCUCCUGUGUACAGUAAAAUGCAUGGGAUAUAUAUACCUGCCAACUCUCCCGCAUUAUGCAUGAAUCUCAUGCCUGUAGACUAAAGACAUCAAUCUCACGCCUGACUCACAAAUAGGGACAUAUUGUUCUUUCACACAAAUGUUCUUUAAGUAGCUUUAGAAGUGCUCAAACCAGCGUGCAAAGAAAGUAGUGUCCGAUAGCCCGGGGCUAGUGGAUUUUGCUAUUGGGCUAGUGAAUUCUGUUAUUAACUUGCCCAACGGGCAAGUGAAGUUUUUUGAGGAAUCCAAAUUACAGAUGAACUGUGAAAUCAAUCUGCUCAUCAAAACGUUUCUGGGACUAGUUGAAAUGAUGUUUGGGCUACUGUUAGCUUCAGCUUGCCCAAAUGGCAGGCUGUAAAAGUGACUUUCUUUGCACCCUGUCAAACCGUCUUCGGAACAUCUGCGUAUAUUUUCAGCAACGUUCGGAAGUCUUUGGAAAGUCGUGAGAAAUCUUUGAAAGUCGCAGGAUGUUUCCGCAAAUACCGGUCAUGACAACACACAUUUAACUUUUAAAAAGUUGGCAGGUAUAAAUAUAUACUCCCAUUCAGGGCUGUCAACCCCCCACAUCUUUAAUAGGGAAGGGAUGAUAGAUGACAUAACACAUGGCACUUGACGUCAUUUGUGCUAAAAAAUACUCUUUGCCUCUGAUCAUCAAAAAUUUACGAUGACACAAAACACGUAAUAAAGAUGUUGGUAUUGUAACAUUUGACCUGAUUGGUUUACUUUCCACCAAUCAUAUUUUUAUAUUACGAUGGCAUAGCAGAGUUAAUGAGGAAAUGUUCGAUGUUAACAUUAAAAUAGCUGAAACAACGCAACAUAGUUGAGAAUUUUUUGUCGGAAAUUCAAGUCUGCUGAACAAAUGGUUAACUUUGGCGAUUAUCCUGGAGAUUUCAUACUCAGCUGAUCUGGAGACCAGGAAAUAUGGUCCAAAUCUGGAAUUUCCCAGAUUACCCAGGAGAGUUAACAGCACUGCCCAUAAUUAUUACCAAAAACAUUCUCCCAAUAGCUUGCACUGUAAUAAAUGAGAUAAGCUCACUGGAAAGAUUUCCGCACAACUCCAUAGAUUUAUUAUGCAUGCAGCAAUUUAUGUUAUACUGUUUCACACAAAUAGACAUUGUGCAGAAUAAGUGUAUGAAUGCAGAUAUGCAAAUUCCAGAGACAUAGUUGCAAGCUCUCCUUCCUUUUCCCGCUCCACUGCCAGAGUGCCCCAGAGAGCUUACUUGCAGGCUAGCUCAGUUUAGGCCUUGUAUGGUUAGGCACCAAGUACCAAGUAUACUUGAUGGCUUUGUGGCAUACAGUAGCCCCUUUAUGCUAGAAGGAAAUGGUUUAUAUGUAGGACCCAGUACAUCAUGCAGAAGUCUACAAUUUUAAUGUCCGGACCAUUGAUUAAGCGGUGUGUUAAUUUCAAUUUUUUUGGCCCAAAUCUGUGAUACACUUUUGACAUUCAUGACACCUAAAAGAAAGAAGAGUACGUACAUUACAGGUCAAAUUUGAUCUCAGGUUAAAAUUGUUUAACCUAGGUUGAUUCUCAAUUUCCUUUGUUUCCUAACCCUAAUUCAUGAAUAAUAAGGGCUUAAGGAGACAAAGGAAAUUGAGAAUCAACCUAGGUUAAACAAUAUUUUAAUCUGAAAUCAAAUUUGACCUGAAACACAUACAAGUAUUUUAUCAGGGUGGAGAUCCACUGGUGUCACUGAAACUGUGAACAACUCCUUGAAGUGGCCAGGAUUUCUUUACUUGAUGUUUAGGGAAAGUAGCACAAAAUAAUAAAGUUUCCAAAUAAGAUUAUACAUUUAACUUUGCUCCUGUUGUACCAACAUGUUUAUUUCUUUGUGAAUGUCGCAUUAAUUUCCUUCAUUUUGAGAGGAUUCCCUCUAUUUUGUGUUAAUUUCCUUUAUUUGAAAGUCAUUUCCAUUUAAUUUGCAUUAAUUUAAGUUAGGUUAAUUCCCAAUACCUUAUUUUAUUGUGUACGGCAAAAUAAUUUCGUCAGUAAGGGUCAUGUUAACUUACUUACAACUGAUGUCUGCCUAAGAUGUGGUCCUUUUAACACAAGUCACAUCAAAUUCACAUCUAUUUUGUUCCUUUGAAAAGCAAAAGCAUCAAUAGACAGAAUCAAAGCAGUUUCAGAUAAAUUGGUUGAGGCACGACUCAAGGAGGAUCAAGAGACCAUUGCUUCUUUGAGAGAGGAACUGUUAAAAGCCAGAACUCAGCUGGACAAGAGAACUGAAGUCAAGGAGGACAAAAUGGAUCCUAGCAAUAAAAAGUGAGAGCUUAAUAGCUGUAAUUGACUGAAUAGGCAUGUUUCUAGAUAGUAUCUUUUUCCUAUGCACUAGUACCAACCUUUUUCUCCAUGCAUAUACACUGUAGGUGACUAAUUAUUGAAGCUAUUUUGAAUAUCACAAUAGUUUCACAGUAAUAUACAGAAUCCUCAUAUUAGUAGAAUUGCAAAUAACCACUUUAUGCUCACAUAAGAUUGUCAAGACAAUGAAAUAAUUAUUAUUUUCAAAACAAACCUGUCAGGGGGGUGUAUAUUCACUGUGGACCCUGUCAGAUAAAAUUUGUAUUCUUCCAGGUUGAUUUUGAAACAAAUCUAUAACUUUUUCCUUGUACUCAUUCCUAUUUAUCCAUUUUUAUAUCAAGCAAUAAGCUGAUAAUUAAAUUUAUUAUACACUUGUAACAUUUGUUCAAGUUAUUUGUGACUGUUGGCAGGUAUUAUUUUAGCUAGUAAGUCUUAACUUUGUUUAUAAUGCAAUAUUUUGUCAUGUGUUUUAAGAUUCACUGGUCACAAGCUAGUUCAUUUGGAUCUAAAAGGAGCUCCACCAAAGAUAGAUUAUCUUAUAAAGGUAUAAUUUAACUUUUGUAGAAUUAUGGUUUUAAAUACCGUUUAAAGAAUGAACAGGAGGGUAUUAUCAGGUGUAAAACCCCAAGGCGAAGCUGAGAGUUUAAACCUGGUAAUACAUGACUACGCGUUUUUUGAACAGCUUCAAAACCUGUGAUAUAGAUCAACUCAUUUAGGUUUGGGGUUAUUUUGGUCUAAAAAAUUGGACGUAAAGUUUAGCCGUGUCUUUAUCAGAUACAUUGUAUAAAGGCACACAUUAAACAUUUAUUUCUUUUGCUUUUUCUUUAUAAAUUAUUAACUAGUUUGUGAAUGUAAAUUACAUUUCACUCAAGUGUACAUGUGUUGGGCACCAGAAAGUUAUUUACAGGUAGAUGAUUUAGAUUGUAUCUUUUGUAGGUCAAAAUUAACUUCUGGUUCAAUAUUUUAUCCUUUGAUUUUGAUUCUCAGUUUCCUUUGUCUCCUAACCUACUGUAACUUAUCUGUGAGCUUGAAUAAUUAGAUUUAGUAAACAAAGGGAAUUCGACCUGGGUUGAAGAAUUUUCUUUAUCCUGAAUUUAAUUUUGACCUUCAAAACAAUUAUACAGCUUGUAUCCUUGUUAGUGUUGGGAAUCAGCUGGGAUAAUGCAAUUGAUCAUCAAUAAUAAUUGGCUUGACCCAACCUAUCGAUGAUCAAUUACAAUCAGAAAAACAUUUCUUUAAAUGAGUUCCAUCUAUUUUUCACCUGUAUGCAAGCCAAAGUAAUAAUUUUUAUGAAGGUUUGAGUUUUUUCACUGUGGACCAUUUCUACUGAUUGAGAAACACGGCUGUUGCACUGUGUUGUAGAACACUACAAAAACAUACAAAAUGUAUCAAAUAGCCUGCGUAACAUGGCAGUUUUGUCAAACACACUACUGUGCAGCGAAGCUCCAAUCUCCCUGUGGUUUCUCUGCUUUCACCCACCUUUAUUACUUUGCGCGCCCAACCGAAAAACUGCCAUGCUACGCAGGCUAUGUAUCAAAAAAGGGUCAUCUAGGGAUAAUAGCUGCAUUGUGAGUCUAUUAAAAAGACAAACACCACGCAGUUUUGUCAACUAUAAUUUUUUCCAUGCUACUUGAUUGAACAGUCAUUUUUCGGUAAUCGUUAUUAUUAUCGGACGGCAUCACUUGAGGUUUUCAAACAAGGAUCAUUUAUAGUGGAUCAUCGGCACAAAUCCUGUUGUCAUAUUUUUGGGUGUUUCUCUCCAAUCAAAGAGUUGAACUGUUUUCCUCAUAGUCUAGGAACUGUAAAUAAAGGUCUCUAAGACAGAAAUAAAGGUCUCUUAAAGAGCCUUGGCCCACCUCAAAGUGAUUGUUGUGCAAUCAGAUAAUUAAUAUUGAUUUGUAUUAAUUUGAGAUUUUCAUGCAAGUAGUGGAGUUCAGUGAUGGAAUGUUUUCACUUUUUAGGAACAAGUGCACCCAAACUAUCCACUCAGACUCGUUCUUAUUAGAUGUAAUGUGUAUAGUUUCAAGUGGUACACUGUACUGCAGGUCUGUGGUUACUGACAAACAUGGUUAUCCAUACUGUACACUUUUAAGGGAAAGUUGUUUUUAACCAACUUGAUUUAAAAACUUCUUUUAAGAAUGUCUGUUAUUGAUUACAAUGCUGACCAGCCCGAUUAGUAUUUUCAGUCGCAUUCACACAACUUAUACCAUUUUUGGCCAAUCAUAACAUAGAUCCUUCCACUCUUUGCAAAAUGGGGAGCUUCAGGUUUACUGGUGGAAUAUGAAGAUGUGUUUCCCUAUAAGGCAAAGUAUGAGGUACUGCAGUCAAAGAAUUCAUACAGGUAAGUAAUAUAAGCAUCGCUUACACACUAGACUCAUGGAGGUUGCUCAAAGUGGUUGUCCAAAUUGUAAGGGUUUAUGAUCUGACAGUGAUUUAUAUGACGAGAGGUUAGAGAGAGGGCAAAGAAUGGGGUUGUGUACAUAAUGCAUCUCUACCCAAGUGUUGUAGAUCGUCCAUGCCACUAGUCCUGAUGCAUCUAUAUACCAGAAGUAAUAGAAACAACCUUUUUCUUAAAAAUUAGGAGGUAUUAUUUUUCUUCACAAUUAUGUGACAUCAUAGCAAACAAAAAAUGAGCCAACUGUAUGUUGCACCACUGCAACAGAUGUAAGAAAUCUUUUCUUUUUUCAAAUGGGUUUUUAGGGCAGCAAAUAAUAAAUAACUAUUAAUUAUUCAUAAUCAUUUUACGUCAAGAAAAUUUGGCUUUACUAUUUCAGUGUAUCUCCAGUAACUGCUUGAACACAAACUGAAACAAUCUCCAGCCAACUUGAACAGAAGCUGUUAAAUCCAUAAAUAUUUUUAAGCUGAUCCAUUUAAUUUAACUUUUUACUGAAAUUAAUUCCAGUGAGGAUGACAUCAAGCGCUUUCUGGAAGCAGCCCAUGCAAAUGAACUGAUUGUUAUUCCACUUGUACAGACAUUUGGCCAUCUGGAGGUAAUGUGAUGUCCUCAGUUGUCGUCAAAGUCUAGACAAACCCUUCCUCUCCUGGUAGAGAGGGGGGCUUAAUAGAGGAUUUACGGUGUAUGACGUUAAUUAGCCUGUAUACAGACGUUGUUUUAUUUUUCUUUUUGUUCAUUUCAAAAACAUCGGCGAGCUCAAGAGCAAAGCGCGCGCGCCCACUACUACCCCCUUGUGCUGGCAGUCAAUAAAUCCCGCGCAGUUUAUAGUUUAUCACCUGCACACAAUGGACUUUGAAGAGAAAACAGAGGGUCUGUGAACAGGCUGAUGUUGAUAGGCCAUUUUCAAGAUUAAAGAUUAAAAGAUUAAAGAUAAAAGAUUAAAGAUUAAAAUUUGUCAAUCCCACCAAGGUUUAAUGAAACAGUAGCCUUAAUUAACACAAUAAAACAACAAACAGAAGUGUCCUGGUAGUUGUAGUACAUGGAUAAUGACGUGAUCGUCUAAUUGUCCUAUUAUUAAUAGUUUUUCAUAUAUUUUGAGCAUUUUGUUUUUUAUCUAUUAUUAGUUUGUCCUAAAGCACAAGGAGUUUUCACAUCUUCGUGAAACAGAGCACUAUACCAAUUCAGUGUGCCCGAGCAAUAAGGGUGAGCCUGUGUUUGUUGUGGCCAAAUUUAUUCCUACUGGUUAUCUUUUAUUUUAGCCUACCUUAAUUAACUUAUCUUUACCUUUGCAAAAAAUGCUUAGGUGGUGACUCUUAAAAUUCUUCAUGUGUUACUAAGAAGUCUCACUGCAUUUUACUAAUAUUUGCAUGGGUUUCACUUUUUUAGAGUCUGUUCCUAUGGUACUGGAACUCAUUGAUCAAGUUCUAGCUCUUCAUUCUGAUAUUAAGUGGUUUCACAUUGGUGGAGAUGAAGUACUGUCAUUGAAUUCAUAUAGCGUUUCAUAAUACCGAUAUAAAUACAUGUUUAUAGCAUGCUCAUCUUUAUUUUGAAGCAUGUCCUUAUCCCCCCCCCUUUUUUUUCUAUUUUUCACCCCUAUGCCAUCAAUCUUAAUGCUGCAGGGGCCACCUAUCUAUGAAAGAAUUCAUAAGGCAAAACUUUGCUUCUGCAACACCGUUUUAUACAGCUAUAUCUUGGCUGUUUUAGAGGUUAUUUAGAUAAAAAUUUUACAGAGACAUUGUGGAAUGAUGGAAGUUUUAAAUAGGAGGGAACUGUUUUUUAUUUGGUAGAUCAUGCUUUAUGGUGAUGCUUUAGGCCAAAGUUGUACCAAAUUGGGAAAUCGUGAUUUUGUGUCCAAGUUUGCAGAAAGCAUAGAAGACAGCAAUCUGUGAUUUUAUUAAUAAAUGAUCGGUCAAAAAACCUAUAGUGUGUCAUGUAGAGAGCAGAUUUUACAAUAUUUAAAGUUUGCCAGCAAAAUGUAAUUUAAAAAAUAUAAAUAGAAUAUAAUUUGACUUUUCCGACAAUUUUGGGUCCAAGAAUUCAGCGCAGAUACAAAACUUCAUGAGCUGGAACUGAAAGAGGUAAACUUGGUAGACUGUGAGUGUCAUGUAUAGAACCGAAUUCUAAAAGAACGCUUUUAUAAAAAGAUAUAAGGCAUUAAUUUAAGGGAUGGCAGAUUUUGCUCUAAACAAUAUAUUGUUUAAAUGAGCGAAAUCUGCCAAUCAGAAGUAAAGUACAGACAAUAGUAAAGUUAGCACAUUUUUCAUUCCAACAUUUUCAUAGCCUUUGUUGGUUUCCUUCUUAUCUGGACCGUUACUUAAUCUAGUCAAUAUAAUAAUUCUGUUUCAGGUGUGGAACCUAAAGACCUGCCCAGUUUGCAUAAAAGAUGAACGUAACAAAUCUCAGCUUUUCGUGCAUCACAUGACCCCAAUUCUGAAGCAUUUGCAAUCUAAGGAGAUCACCCCAAUAAUGUGGGAUGACAUGAUGAGAUGGUCGCCUGUUGAAUACUUGAAAGGUAUGCUUCUAAGCAUAGGUUACCAUUGUGCUUCUACUACAGUUUCUGAUAUCCCAUACCUGCCCUAUAAAUCAGUAGUUUCUUGGUGUAACUGUUGCAGAUAAAUACUAUCACCAAAUGACGUACAAUCGAACCUCGUUAAUGCAGACACUGAAGGGGCCAUAGAAAGUGUUGGUAUUAACAUAGACUAGCGAUGAUUAUGAUCCAAUCCCACAAACCCCAACACCGCGCUCAAUUUAAUGCUCUCUGCUAAUUUUGUAUUGAAUCAUAGAACUUGGUUCUCUGGUGGAACCCAUGGUUUGGGCUUACACAUCAGAUCUUACUGGAUACUUUCCUCCAGGUAAACCGUACUUUCUCGUGGUGAUCCUUUUGCAUGUUUGCUGUCUAUUUAGUUAAUAUGGACUUUAAGAUCCAACCACCCAGACGGCAACGAGAACGUAAAAAACCAACAGGUUUUGUAUUAAAACAAAACAACAACUUUGCACGUGCAUCACGCUUGUUUGUACAUUUCUUUGCCCGUUUUUGCAUGACCACGACGCGAAAAUGCCUAAUUUCGCGUUUUAUGGAGUAUGUUAACAAGCAACGACGAAAUUUUAUUUCUCUGUCUGAACUUGGACAUGGUCCCUAGGACUUCAAGUUAAAGAGAGUUCGCCUACAUUUGACAAAGUAAGUGGGUAGGAAUAAUUGCGAUAACUAUUGAAAGAACGCAAGUUCACUUUUUAGGCGACGUUCUCGUUGCCGUCGCGUCGUUAGAUGUUAAAGUCACUAAUCUUAAGCCAGUUCCCUCUCCGGGUUGUUCUUUUUUGCUUGUACUCUAGACGAAAUAGAAAAGGAUACUUUAAACGGAAUAGUAGGGACCCUGCUGGUGGGGAAUUUUGACCCAACAAUUAUUAACCUGAAAGCAAAGACCUCCUUCCUUUUAUUGACAUAUUCUGCUUGACAGGCGCGUGACAAAUAUUGAGUGCAAGAUAAGCAACGCGCGCGAGAGAGUAGAACACGCAUGGGGUCUCGCGCGGGCCUCCUCCUUUCUCAUGGAAAGCCCCGGUUGUCUUAUUUGCGCCCAAUGUUAAAGAUGUUAAAGUCACUAAUCUUAAGCCAGUUCCCUCUCUGGGUUGUUCUUUUUUGCUUGUACUCUAGACGAAAUAGAAAAGGAUACUUUAAACGGAAUAGUAGGGAUCCUUCUGGUGGGGAAUUUUGACCCAACAAUUAUUAACCUGAAAGCAAAGACCUCCUUCCUUUUAUUGACAUAUUCUGCUUGACAGGCGCGUGACAAAUAUUGAGUGCAAGAUAAGCAACGCGCGCGAGAGAGUAGAACACGCAUGGGGUCUCGCGCGGGCCUCCUCCUUUCUCAUGGAAAGCCCCGGUUGUCUUAUUUGCGCCCAAUGUUAAAGAUGUUAAAGUCACUAAUCUUAAGCCAGUUCCCUCUCUGGGUUGUUCUUUUUUGCUUGUACUCUAGACGAAAUAGAAAAGGAUACUUUAAACGGAAUAGUAGGGAUCCUUCUGGUGGGGAAUUUUGACCCAACAAUUAUUAACCUGAAAGCAAAGACCUCCUUCCUUUUAUUGACAUAUUCUGCUUGACAGGCGCGUGACAAAUAUUGAGUGCAAGAUAAGCAACGCGCGCGAGAGAGUAGAACACGCAUGAGGUCUCGCGCGGGCCUCCUCCUUUCUCAUGGAAAGCCCCGGUUGUCUUAUUAGCACCUGAAAUUUCUCGUGCGCUUCGGCCUGAUGUGGUCGCCUUUACUUUCUCAAACUAAGCUUUAUAGUUGAAUGUGUGACUCAUGCACGAGUUGGUACAGUAUAUAAUCCUAUUUUAAAAGGUAUGUGGCAAAGAUAUGGAGAAGCAUUCAAGAAAGUUUGGGCGGCAAGUGCAUUUAAAGGUACAAGAUUAGUGUAUAUAUGUUAGUUGUGGGCGUUUUUAAAAAGGGAGUAACUGUUGUAGAAUAUCGAUAGUGCAAAUAGCUUUUUUUGGUUUCGAUUUUGAUUUUCUUUUAGACAUGUUAAUCGCCAAAAAUCUCACUGCCGUUAUAGUUACAUAAAGAAGUUACAGACGUCGGUUCGGCCAGUUACAUUUACAAAUAUCUUUUUUAUUAGAGUUGGAUCAUUAGAAAAGUAACGGAGAGAUAAAACAAAAAAAAUCCAUACACGUUAGGAGCAAGUUACUGGACUGGGUCUGCACAAUAUGUUGCCUGUGCUUUUGUUUGCUUCGAACGUGUAAACCAACCUUUUCUACACUCAACACGAACUGAAAACGCUUUAACUUAAACUUGAUUUCUCUGUAUAGGAGCAACACACCCCUGGAGUAAUUUUGUUCCUAUUGGUUUCCACGUGCAGAACAAUCUGAACUGGCUAAAGAUCAUAGACGAGCUACCUUCCACUCUGAAGGUGAAUGGAAUCGCGCUGACAGGCUGGAGCAGGUAACAGAUAGAACCUAUUGCAAUGAAAUUUCCAUUCAUUGUAUCAAGAGAAAAUAACAAGACAGAGAUGGAAUCUUAGGGCUUUGGCUGGGAUAUGUGAAUUUCACUAAAGUUAUGUUUAGAGCAGGGUUCGUACAGGUCAUGGAAAACCUGGAAAGUCGUGGAAUUUAAGCAUUUCAUUUUCCAGGCCUAGAAAUUCAUGGAAUUUAAUUGUCUGUCCUUGAAAGUCAUGUAAAAUUAAAGUUUUGUUUGAUAGAUUAGUUACUGCCGAUGACAAAGAAAGGACAACGUAAGAUAAAGAGAGACGUGAUUGAGCAGCGCGGACGCACGCAUUUUGGUGGACACCAGAGUUUCUCUGUUGAACUGUCUAAGGCCCAAAAAUACCCUAACACAAAACAAUUUAAGUGACAGCUAAACUUAAGGUCUUGGAAAACUUACAAAGGUCAUGGAAAGUCAUGGAAUUUUAAGAGCUCAAAAGAGUACAAACCCUGUUAGAGGCUGAAAUUUUAAUUAAAAGGAAGCUUAAGCUCUCUUAAUUGUAUAAACGGAAGUCGACACAUCGCGUCCGCACAUUUGAAUUGAUUGUUUGAAACAUUGUCAAGUCCACGCGCGACUGCCUCAAAGCAAACAAUGGAGAAUGUUUUAAUGAUGACUGCUUAAUUCUCCCUUGAUAACACUGAAUAUUAAGUUUUCGGACCUCUCCGGAAGCAUUCUUCCGAUUGAUUUCAUGCGUUUAAUUGGUCUAAUAAUAACUUUGGUGAAAUUCACAUGUGUCGAGGGCUAGACUGGGCGUCUCCCUUUCCGUCCCUGCUUAGUUUGGUCGUAUGAGAGUUACUUUCCUAUUACCAUGUCUGCCGUAUUUGCUCUAAUGAAUAGUAAUAUUCUUUGCCUUUAUUAAACCAGAUUUGAUCACUAUGCUACAUUAUGCGAACUUCUUCCGGCCGCUCUUCCCUCGUUAGCUUACUGCUUGGAGGCGUUAAACCAAGGUAAGACUUUUUCGUACAUUCAGCAGGAAAAGGUAGAGACUAGGCUCGAUUUCCACCGUUUUCUAGGGUCCGGUCUCCCUAGGUGCGCGGGCUCGUUUCCCGAUCAGCGGCUGGUGAUCGAGCCUACAAUAGGUAGAGUCUGACAGCGGUAUAAUCAUUGUUUCCUACCACAUGUUCGUGGAUUACUCAUCGCACAACAACUUCUUCCCCACAACUUUUAUGUAGAAAUGUCACCAGUGUCAUUUAAUUCCCGACUUAUGUAUUUAUUCAUUCAUUUUUACUUGCGUCUUGAAAAUUUUGUUAUGUCACUUCUACGAAGAGUGGACAGUCGUAGGCUUGUCAAUUUGUUAAUUAUUUCCAUCCGCUUUUUUCUUAGGAUACAUGGAUGAAGAACUAAGAAAAUCGACAGCAAAGAAACUUGGUCUGCCCGAAACCUUCCCUCUCAAUGUAAUGAGAUUUAAUCUGUGAGUAUAUGAGUUAAAUACCGGUGUGUAGAUCGUUUUUACUGAAGUGGUCAGAAGCUGUGCAAUAGACGUCUCCUUAUUCACAAUACCCGCCAUCUUUACACGAUGUCACGUGGUUGGUCCAUCAGGGGGCAAACAAGUGAUACAAUUUGCCGAUGCAGAAAUCGCGGUCGAGUUUGUUUAUUCAAGACAAGGGGAAAUGAAGAACUUUUCAUCUUUUAAGGACUAUGAUUGCAAAUUAUGGCUGGGUGGAACUAUCAUUGUUACUCUUUCAGAUUCAGUAGCGACCUUAAAUGUGCUCACAGCAAGUAAUAAGGAAGCAGAAACACUUGUCGAAACUCGAACUGUACAUUUUGCGUGACUAUUAAAUCGUCAUCUCGUUUUGAGAGAAUAAACCAACUCUACCGCGUUUACUUUUAUUAGCAAAUCUUAUCAGUUGUUUGCCCCCUGCCCCUGAAAUACCACGUGACAUUACAUGUUACCCAUCAAUACUUAAGCUCGUGCAAAGAUGGCGGGUAUCGUGAAUAAGGUCUCUUUAGGGCACCCCAAAAAAACGUUUUUGCUUUUUUUCAACACUCACUAGACUGGCUUGGUACACCAACAUGGCGGCCGUUUCAUUGUUUUGAUACACCAAUAUGGCCGCCGUGACGUCACGUGAAAUCGAUCUAUAAUGCACUAACAGCAAUCGCCGAAUGAACUAAAAGUAUGGAGCUAGAACUCAGGCAGAGCACAAAGCUUACUUAUGCAAAGCAAAAGCUAUGCAUGGAGAUAAAAUUAUCGGCAUUUUAUUUCCCCAGACUUGAUUCCAAGUAUUUUUUGUCAGUUAGUUUACAGUUUCAUCCAUCUAUUAAGCUGCGUGUUUUUUUUUCUGUUUAGGUAUCACCCACCAGACGGAAGCUUUCCAGGUCAGGAAAUUUUCAAACUGGUGGGCGAGCUGAAGAAGGCAUUGUAUUACGCACAAGGUGUGAGCAACAUGUAAGUAGAGGCAGUGGUUUACUGUUUAGGGCUUGGUUUGGCUUAUGUAGAUUUAAAAAUCUACAUAAGAGGAAGUCCUGCAGCGGGGAAUACCCAUUACUGUAUGACGUAACAAAGGGCAGAUAUAAGAAGCUAUUAAAUUAUUGUAUAUAACGAAAUGAUUUUGAAAUUGAGGUAAAUAAAGAUAAAAAAAAAAUUUCAAAAAAAGAAGAAUUAAAAAAUGUUUUUAUGCUCGAUGAAAUUUCAUUAUUCCUGCUUUCUGAAAUACGCCUUUGCUGUAAAAAGGGUCAGUAAUGGCACCAGGUAUAACGUAAACGAGAAAAACUUAAAAUUUGAAAUUCGCGCCCUAGUAAACUAUGUGUAGAGACGCAUGUACGUUUUUAAUAGAAGAAAGAAAAUAAGCCGUUUUGUGUCUGCGGGUCCCACAAAACUUCAAAGUGAUCAAUUGAAGUUGUGGAGGAGCUUGAACUGCGACGAUGAUUAAGGUAAAGGUAAACUGUUGUUAACUCAUGAUCGACCAUCCUGAGGCCGACUUUUUGCUCAUUUCAUCCGCCUUUCUCCAUCAGUGCUCCGUUUGACGGUCAUUUUUUAAAGCUUCCUAAAGCUGCACUGAAAGGACAGAAGUCGAAACAAGGAUUUGAGGUCACACCUGGGAAUCGAACCCGGGACCGCCCGCACAGAAGACCGCGCACUAACUGACUGUGCUAAUUCUCGUUCAUACAAAGUGAAAACAUCAUUUGACUUUAAAUUUUUGUUUUGUAAAAAACCGUGGCCUGCGAAAACAGCCGUUUCUCCUCGCUCCUCGCCGCUGGGAACGUUUCGCCAGGAGGAACGUCUGCGACUCAGCGACAGAAGUUCGAUACUGAUGACGUAAAUCAAUGUUUACAUUAAUAAAUCCGGUAGGCAUGGGGUUCCAAAUGCAAAUUUGUUCAAUUGUCCGUUUCUCCUGAUCGAUUUUGGUAAAGUGUUGUGUUCAACUUCGAACGAGCUCCAGCAAAACUCAAAUGCUUCUUCUAGAGAAGAACAUAUUCCACAAAUAUUGACUGCUUUGUUUGAGAUUCAUCGCGUUUACAUUUGACCUUUGUAGCCUUUUGUCUUUUGUCUGUCAUUCGUAACCAAUAGAUAAAACAAUGUAACUACUCCGUUGUCCAGUCAGUGCUAAUGACUGGAUUCCGGACAGAUUUACGUCAUAAGCAUGGAAUUUCUGUCGCCGAGUCGCUGACGUUCCUCCUCGCGAAACGUCCCCAGCGGCAAGAAGCGAGGAGAAACGGCUGUUUUCGCAGGCUUGGAAAUAAUUAAUUCAUCUCUUUUUUUACAAUGCCAACCUCAACAGCUACUUCAUACCCGCCUGGGGUAGACUGGGGUUUUCCUUCUUUCCAUCAGUUUACAGUUAUUCAGACAACCAAAAAUCAUCUAGUAGCAGAAGCAAACGGCUCAUGUCUGAUACAGAUACACUGAUACACUGUAAACUCAUAAUUCGCUCUUUCCUUUUGUUAUUCGUUCCUUUCAGAGAGCAAGGCUGGGUAUUAGAACGUGAAGUUGAAAGCAAGUUUUUAAGUUACUAUCAUCUGUCAAGUGCGAUAAACAGGACUAUCCAGUGAGUUAAUUGGAAUUUGUUGUAUUGUUUUAUUAUUGUUAUUAUUAUUGUUAUGAAUAUUACUAUUAUUAUAUAUUAUCAUUAUUAUUAUCGUUACUAUUAUUAUUAUUAUUAUUAUUAAAAAAUAAUGACUGUUUAUUAAGACUUAUUGCAGCAGUAUACAGAAUGGCUGAAUAGCCAUUUACAGCUAUUUACAGCUAUUUACAGCUAUUACAGCUAUUUACAAAACAUAUAAUACUAAAAUAUAAUACAAUAAAUCCAAUAAAUACUAGAAAAUAUAAUUGUACAAGCCACUAGGUAUACUUAUGAGUGACAAACUCUUGCGUGCGCUUGGUCCUACAGGUAGGACGCGUGGAGCGGCUAAUGCCAGAUCUAAGAUUAUAAUUAUGCACAACCUCCUCCUGUUUGGGGAGCAUAAAAUGCAAGGGUUGAUUGUCAUUCCGGAGUCUACCAAUAUAAACCUGGCAUAGAUGGGCGCGUCUGUCACUUAGAGUUGUUAAAUUAAGGGCAUUUAAUGCCUCGUUGUAAUUCAUUAAAGGAAAAAUGAUGCGCAUAGCCCUUUUCUGAAUGCUCUCAAUCUUAUAAGAUAGAAAAUCUGGUAUAUUUUGCCAGACAGGGGCAGCAUAUUCUAGAACAGGACGAACAAUGGUUGUAUAAACCUUAGCCAGUGAAGCUGGAGGUGCACCACAUUGCUUAAGGACCCUUAAAGAGUAAAGCCUCCUGUUUCCCUUUUGCACUAUAACUUCUUCAUGAUGGUUCCAUUUUAUUAUUAUCAUUAUCAUCAUCAUUAUUAUGGGCAGUUUAAAACGUCUGGAUGCGAGAUCCAACUUAAAAUCACGAAGGUUAUAGGCGGCAAACCGUGAUUAGCCUUUGUGUUUUCUAAAAAAAUAGAAAUGAUAAGUUAAUUGAUUGAUUAAAAUGUCAAUAUAUGUUGUACAUUACUUGUAAAAUUUGUUAGCUAAAAUAAAUACAUCUGUUAAUGAUAUAUGAGAUAAAUCAUAUAUGAACUGCGGAAAUGAAAUGAAACGAUUAUUUCUUCAUUUUCAUUUCAUUUCCGCAGGUCAUAUAUGAUUGAUUUCAUAUAUCAUUAACACUCAUUUCAGUCUUUCACGGGAACAUAUGAACCCACAACUGCCCUGCUCCUAACGUCAGUGGCUUCAUAGCUCAGUUGGUAGAGUAUCGCACCGGUAAUCGCGAGGUCACGGGUUCAAACCCCUUUGGAGUCCUGAAUUUUUGUCAGGCUUCUUUACGCAAUUGCAUAAAAUUAAUUGCGUUCACUGCGACGAUCAUUUCUUCAUUUUCAUAAAAUAAAUAUAUCUAUAAACAAUAAAAUUAAAAUCACCUAAUAUUCUAUUAUUUUUUAAUAAUAAUAAUAAUAAUAGUUAUUAUUAUUAUUAUUAUUAUUUCUUUAUUUCUUAUCUUAAAGCCUUUCCCUUUUGCCCUCUAUUUCAGUGGCUUAGAGAUCCUAACUGCUGUAGAGAAAGAGGCAGAUAGAGUCUUAUCUGAUGUGUACGAUGACUAUGUGGUUAAGGAAUGGAUGAGGGAUAAAAUAGAUAACAUCAUCAAACAUCUAAAUAACGAGAAAACGCGACUUGAAGAGCUCCUAAAAGGUGCUGCUCAAAGUGAAGAAAAGAAAGUUUGAUAACCAACAGCACAAAUUUAACUGUUUCGCUCGAUAGUGAAUCUUCGAGUAAAGAGGGAAAAACUUAGACAGGAGAUCUUUAAGAUAUUUGAUACCUGCAAGAACAAAGCUAAAAGAACUAUUUUGACAACAUUAGAAGAUAUUAGUCCGGAACCUGGAGAGAAAUUCUUAACUUUCUAGGAUGCGGCAAAGCUAAACAAUUGAUCCUAUACCGUGGAUGAACGGGUUGAUUUGAAGUGCUUUACUGAUCGCGGUGGAUUAAUGCUUACUCGAAUAUAAACUGCCAAUCGCAGAACGCUGCUAAAUGAAAAUCAACCAAUCAGAUUUCAAGGUGAAUACUUGCAGCCGCCGCCAUGCGCGGGAGAAAAUGCGCCUCAUCAAGUCAUUGGCUUCUUAUUGGUUUGGAAAGUGGCACUAGAUUUUUCAGCCAAUCACAAAUUGAAGCAAUCACGAAAUUACUUUCUACAAGUGGUUAGAGCAAAACACAGUACUAGACUGUGUCCCUGUGCCCCUAAGAGUCACCUAUAGAAAGUGAGGCACAGCAGUUCUAACUUUUGAGUCUGUGCCGGAUGAACUCCUGACCUGACUUUAAAGAUGAAACCAUUUUCGCAUUGUUGCCCCAUCCUACCAUGUGAUUGCUGGUAUUCAAUUUAACCCUUCAAGUCCCAAUAGUGUCUAACGUCAAUUUUCUCCUAACGAUAUCCAUACAAUGUCAAGAGAUUAAGUUAUGAGAAUUAAUAAAAUGAUCACCUAAGGAAAAAUGGCGUGAUCUUUUAUCAAAUUCUCUCAACUUAUUCUUGAAGGAAAUGUAUAGAGAUCAGUUUGGAGAAUUUGUAUGUGAAUAUUGGGGCUUAAAGGGUUAAAAGACUAAUAGAGAGCUGUAUAACAUUACGUAACCAUUCAAAAAUGGGUAAUAUGUGUAUUUUGUAACAAUUGUCAAUAAGUCAAAGGCUAUAAGUAUUCUAUUACAUACAAAUUACAUACAAAAGAGCAUUUAUCAGGUACUAGAAAGCGAUUUUUUAAG